GGUGAAUCUCGGGACUGCAACUGCUAUUGGACUACUGCACCGAACCCAGAGCGCCUCCGCAUCACACAGUGACCAGCCUGGUGCCACGCUGCAGCCAUGAACUACCCUCUAACCCUGGACCUCUCCAACUACAACCUAGAAGACCUGUACAAUGACUUAGCCAUCUACAAUAACAGCAUGGAGACGCCCCGCAUGGAAAGUCACUUCUGCUCCACAGUAGAAGGGCCCCUGCUGGCCUCCUUCAAGGCCGUGUUCAUGCCCGUGGCCUACAGCCUCAUCUUCCUCUUGGGCAUGAUGGGCAACGUUCUGGUGCUCGUGAUCCUGGAGCGGCACCGGCAGACACGAAGCUCCACUGAGACCUUCCUGUUCCACCUGGCAGUGGCUGACCUCCUGCUGGUCUUUAUCCUGCCUUUUGCUGUGGCAGAGGGCUUGGUGGGUUGGAUCUUGGGAACCUUUCUCUGCAAAACUGUGAUUGCUCUGCACAAGAUCAAUUUCUACUGCAGCAGCCUGCUGUUGGCCUGCAUCGCUGUGGACCGCUACCUAGCCAUCGUCCACGCUGUCCAUGCCUACCGCCACCGUCGUCUCCUCUCCAUCCAUAUCACCUGUGCGACCAUCUGGCUGGCCGGCUUCCUGUUUGCCUUGCCAGAACUUCUUUUUGCCAAGGUCAGCCAACCUCAUAACAAUGACUCCCUGCCACGCUGCACAUUCUCCCAAGAGAACCGAGCUGAAACCAGCGCCUGGUUUACCUCCCGCUUCCUCUACCAUGUUGGAGGCUUCCUGUUGCCAAUGCUGGUGAUGGGCUGGUGCUAUGUGGGAGUGGUACACAGGCUGUGCCAGGCUCAGCGGCGCCCUCAGCGGCAGAAAGCGGUUAGGGUGGCCAUCUUGGUGACGAGUAUCUUCUUUCUCUGCUGGUCACCCUACCACAUCGUCAUCUUUCUAGACACCUUGGCAAGGCUGAAGGCUGUAGACAAUAGCUGUGAACUGAAUGGCUAUCUCCCUAUGGCCAUCACCAUGUGUGAAUUCCUGGGCCUGGCCCACUGCUGCCUCAAUCCCAUGCUCUACACCUUUGCUGGUGUGAAGUUCCGAAGUGACCUGUCUCGGCUUCUGACCAAGCUGGGCUGUGCUGGCCCGGCUUCCCUGUGCCAGCUUUUGCCCAGCUGGCGUAAGAGCAGUCUCUCAGAGUCAGAGAAUGCUACCUCCCUCACUACCUUCUAGGUCCUGAAACCCUACUUUUUUUUUUUCCUGCUUUCCUUGGGGCAAAGGGUGAUGCUGGAAGCCCUUCUAGCAAGAGCUGGCACCUUAAAACUACUUUGGUUGGCAUUCACACAAGGGACAACUAGAUCUCUAAGAUGCUCCUGCAGCUCUUCUUCCAGUACUCAGGCUAGGCUGGGAUCCAUAAUGGUUUGGAACACAGCCCAAAGACCUACCGGCACCACAUGCAUACACAUUGCCUUGGGCUGAGAGGACCCCCAUGCACUUUCAUCCCAGUCAGCCAAAGCUAAGAAGAAACUUUACUUAUGCCCUGGUCAUAGAAAAAGUCAUCUAUGCCCUUGGCCUACAACCUCAUCUUCCUCUUGGGUAUUAUCCCCAGACUCUCUUCCCAGAAUACACUCCAUCAUCUAAAGGCUGCUGAUGACCACAGCUAGCCCCCUCUCCUCCUAUGCCACCUGACGAGUGAAAUCAGAAGCUGGGCACCAAGCGAUGAAUGGAAGUUAGGCCGAGGGAUGGCCAGCUGGCAGCAGAGAGCAGCCUUACAACAUCCCAGUCCCCUAAACAUAAAAAUUAUUCCAGGCCCUCAACCCUGUGGCCAUGUUGACCGAGCAGUAGGCUGAGACAGAUCUACUUUAAACUGCUGUGCUGGCUCCUUCUAAACCAGCACUGGGUCACUCAUGCUACCAGAUCCCAGACUAGAAAAAACAGGCUCCAGGAGCCCCUGAAGGCCAGCCAGUAUCCUAAGGAAGGGUAGGGGCAAACCAGUAGGACAGCAGCCUUGGAGAAUGGGAAGACUCCUUCUCCAGGCCCCACAGGCCAGAGAGAGGUGGACGGAGAGCUCCCAGGCAGGUUUGGGUUCUGGUAAGGAAGGAGGCACGCACAUUCUAUGGAAACAAUAGUAGCAGAAGGGUCCUGGCCUCAGCUCAGCUGAGAGAACAGAGACCUCAGGGAAAACAACAGACUGAAAGGGGACUCCAGAGGUCAUCUCAUCCAGGCCCCUCCCAUGGUGUCUCCUUAGGCAGGGCAAUGUGAGAAGCAGACUUGGGCAGGGAAGUCCCCAAGCCUCAGGAAGCUGAUGCCCUGCCCAUGAGAGGAGGCUGCUCACUUGGAACCAGAGGAAGCUGCUCUGUGCUUGCUGGGGCGGGGGAGGCCUAGUAGGCAGCUUUGGGCUCCUUCCUGCCCGGCCCCCUCACUGAUCUGGAGGUGGGAGCGCCACUCAAGCGAGUUGUCCUCCCCCUGCCCAGACUACAGAAAUCAGUGCUGAGUCCCCAAACUAUGUCUUCAUUACAGAAUGACCGAGAUGCCCUAGGGUCCCCUUUUCUUCUCCCAGCAUUCCAGUAGAGAAGAAAACAAAAGCAAGAGGCAAGAGGUUGGAUCUUGAAUUUUCUUUUUAAUAAAAAGGCACCUAUAAAACAGGUCAAUACAGUACAGGCAGCACAGAGACCCCCAG